AUGCGGGCAGGGCCAUGGCAUUAUUUAGGAAGUUUAGGGAAGUACGAGAAGGAAGACCCUGUGGUUGGAAUUUUUGUAAGGAAUUGCACAAUCUAUGACAUCGAUAAUGGUGUGAGAAUUAAGACUUGGCCUGCAUUACAUGGUGGCAUUGCAUCUGAUAUGCAUUUCGAAGACAUUAUCAUGAAAAAUGUCAGCAAUCCUAUCCUCAUUGUUCAAGUGUAUUUCCCAUGGAAUCAAUGCAAUCCAAAGAUUCCAUCCAAUGUAAAGAUCGAUAGCGUUAGCUUCAAGAAUAUUCAGGGCUCUUCAACAACACCCAUAGCCAUUCGACUUAACUGUAGUAGCAUCGUCCCGUGUGAGAAGGUUGAGCUUGCUAACAUGAACCUCAAGUACAUUGGAACCGAUGGACCCAUAGAAUCCCUGUGUGCAAUUGUUAAACCUAGACUUAUAGGACAAUCAAUUCCACCUGGAUGUGAAUGCUCUCAUUACGUCCUUGUUUCUUUGUAA